AUGAAGCCGCGGAGGUUCGGCUACGGCUACGGCUACGGCCGGGGCAGGCGCGCGGCGGCGCUGCUCCUGCUGCUGCUCUGCCUCUGCCUCAGCAGCCUGUUCCUCUUGCUUCUCCACGGCUCCUCAGCGCCGCUGGACCCCGCGGCGGACGAGAAGGCGGCGGCGGCGGGGGCAAGAGUGGCGGAGGCGCAGGCGGAGGUGGAGGAGGCGCCGCUGCCGCCGGGGAACUCCAAGGUCGCCUUCCUCUUCAUCGCGCGCAACCGCCUCCCGCUCGAACUCGUCUGGGAUGCCUUCUUCCGCGGUGACAAGGAGGGGAGGUUCUCCAUCCUCGUGCACUCGCGGCCGGGCUUCGUGCUCACCCGAGCCACCACCCGGUCCCGAUUCUUCUACAACCGUCAGGUCAAUGACAGCAUCCAGGUGGAUUGGGGGGAGGCGAGCAUGAUCACGGCAGAGCGCAUUCUGCUCAGCCAUGCUCUUAAAGAUCCGCUCAAUGACCGCUUUGUUUUUGUCUCCGACAGCUGUGUACCAUUGUACAAUUUCAGCUACACUUACGACUACAUAAUGUCAUCAUCAACCAGCUUUGUAGACAGUUUUGCUGAUACAAAGGCAGGGAGAUACAACCCAAGAAUGGACCCAGUUAUCCCAGUGGAGAAUUGGAGAAAAGGCUCACAGUGGGCUGUGCUAAUUAAAAAGCAUGCUGAGGUUGUGGUUGAUGAUGAAGUGGUGUUACCAGAAUUCCAGAAGCAUUGCAGGAGGAGACCCUUGCCAGAGUUCUGGCGGGAUUGGGAUCGUCCUAUUCCUGCAGAGGCAUGGAAAGCCCAUAACUGCAUACCAGAUGAGCACUAUGUUCAGACGUUGCUUGCUCUCUUCUGCAAUGCAGCAAAGUGGUCUAGAAGAAGAACUUACACGGCGAUCAGUAACACAUAG